AUGAAAGCUUUCUUCGUUAUCGUUGUCGUGCAAGCAAUCGCACUGAGUGCUAACGCCCAGUGCCUAAGAUCAUGCGCACCAAACCUCCUCGCUGCCCCAUUAGCAGCUCCCUGUGCAGCGCCUCUUGCUGCCCCUCUAGCGGCCCCUUGUGUUACCCCAACUUUGGCCCCAGCCCCCUGCCUAGCGUCCACAAUGUCAGCACUUACUGCAGUCGGCCCUAACGCUGUUGCCAGCAGCCUUGCUGAUACACUAUCUUUACUGACUGUCAGCAGCCUGCUGGCUGAGAAAUUACCGCUCGGCUACCCACUAGUGGGCCCAUCUGUGGGCUGUGGCUGUGGUAACCCAUUGGGCUAUUCGUAUGUGCUGUAA